CUUAUAUAUUUUUCUUCCGGUGUCAGAAUGAACGUAGCGUGAUACAACAGAGCUAGCUAAAUGAAACGAUAAAUGUUUAGCAACUUCUCAUUUUCCCACCCUCCCAGUUUUUUCUCUAAAAAAUGUUUAAAUUAAUUUAGGGGCUUCCUUAAAGUGUGAAGGAAUUAACGGAGAGGAACAGUUAACGUUGUUCUUUAGGCUCUCAGAGACAGUUUGGGUUUUGUGGUUUUCUCUCUGGCCCAGGUGUCAUGGAGGGUCCGUCCUGUCGGUUAUCUGCUGAGGCAGAAGAACCCCGGCCGUCGGGCAGGAGGGACUCUGGAUCGGAGCCCACGUGGGACACGAAGACUCACUUUCGUGUGUGUCGCUUCAUAAUGGAAACAGGAGUGAAGCUCUGUAUGCGCUCAGUACCCGUGGCAACGGCCUGUGUGUUGUACCAUCGUUUCUUCCAGCGGGUCACAUCCCGUGUUUAUGAACCCUACCUGGUGGCCAUGAGCUGCUUGUACUUGGCUGGAAAAGUGGAGGAGCAACACAUCCGGACCCGGGACAUCAUCAAUGUGAGCCACAGGUACUUUAGCAAAGGCAGUGCUCCUCUCGAAUGUAAUAAGGAGUUCUGGGACCUAAGGGACAGUGUGGUGCAGUGUGAGCUCCUCAUCCUACGACAGCUCAACUUCCACGUCUCCUUUGAACAUCCUCACAAGUAUUUGCUCCACUACCUGCUUUCUGUGAAAUCACUGGUGAACCGGCACGCUUGGUCUCGAACCCCCAUGGCUGAGACUUCCUGGGCAUUGCUGAGGGACUGUUACCAUGGAGACAUGUGCAUCCGCCACACACCGCAACACAUCGCGGUAGCUGCACUCUACCUGGCUAUGAGCAGCUAUGGAGUGGAGCUGCCCGCUGGAGAGAAGGAGUGGUGGCAGGUGCUGUGCGAGGACGUGACCAAAGCAGACAUCAACGCUGUGAUCUCAGACCUUCUCCGGCUGUAUGACAUGGAGGCCAAGUGUAUCUGAAGGACGAAGCGGUGGACUGGAGAGCCACGUGGAGGUUCUGUUGGUGUCGGUGUGGGAAGAACGUGAACAUCCUCUGAUCUGUGCAGUGGACGGCUGGGGUUCAGGUGCGUUUGAAUAUGUGUGCAUCUGAGGCAGAGAAGACUUUGUUUUUGCCCCAGUUACCCUGUGGAGCUGAGAAAAUUGUACCUGCAAUACCGCUGUCUGCCACUAGGGGGAGACAUGUCUCACUUUUGGGUGUCUCAACACUACAUGAGACAGGUUUGUAGUUCAGAUACCAGAGUGGGAAGUCCUAGACCUCUCUGUGUAAUUAUUGGUACGUUGGUUUGUAAUAACAGAGAAUAAAUAAAAAUUUUAUGGAAUUGUGAACGAAGGUGGGCUUUUCUUGUUGAGCUGCAUCACGGCACAUGUCUGCAUUUCCAAAUGUUUUUUUUCACCAAAUACAAACCAAAAUGUAUUCAUAUAUUUGAAAUCCAGAAUUAAUUUCUGAGACCAUUUAUUAUUAACAAGUCUUUUGAAAUGAGGGGUGCAAUAAAUGCUUCUAUUGCUCUGCUUUUCCACUUCAUUUAUUACAGGGAUAGUGCACCAUUUUAUCGCAUAGCCAAGUAACUGUGCUACUUCAAGUUGUUACAAAAUGCUGCAUUUAUCAAAUAUAGCUGAAAAGAAAUUUUACUUCCUUAUUUAACAGUAUGAAAUUGGGCCUCUGUCUCUUUAAAGUCUCCUGUCCUUUCUAAAUCUCCACCCUCCGGAAGUCAUCACAACAUGGCUCCUCUAUUAACCCUUUCACAAUGUUUUUACCAGCGUCGCGCUGAGAAGUGGCUCAUAUAAUGAGCUCUGCGGUUCCACCAGGUGCUAACUAAUUGCUGCUGGCUAGUCUGAAGGAGCUGAGUGGGGUACCGGUGGGGAGGGCUGCUCUGUGAGACAGAAGCUCUGAGGCUUGGAAACUGCAGCUCUGAGGAGGCGCUGUGCCUCAAAGGUGUUUUGUAAGUUAAUGUUGGAAGAUGAUAUGAACCUGGUCAGGAAAGCAUAAACAGAUGUCAUUAUUUACAUUUGUUUAAGACUUGUUUUACAGGUCUAAAAUGUGUCUGUACUUUUGUUCAGGUUAGGUUAGGUUACGCCUGGUGUUAUCCUCACCCAUCCAAUGGACACGUCGCAGGUUUCCAAAAUCCUGUAGAAUAAUAUUGAAAGUCUAUAAUUUAUCCAUACAGAUGAAAUCUGUACAAAUAAAAUAGAUUUUGUUCACUGUUUUAAAUCAUAUUUUUUUUAAUUGGUUUAAUUUAGGAUUAAUUAAUUUAUUUCUAUUUGCUAUAAGCCAGAAUGAUGAGGGUUGGUUUUACUGAAUGUUAUUUUCUUCAAAUACAGAAGUUUAUAUUAUCACUGUAUGGAUAUGAUCUCACUAGAGGUUCAUCAUUAUAUGCUAACAGACAUACUGGAAAAAAAAAACGCUCUGAGGGGAAGAACCAAUUCUUUCAAAAGCAGCAUGAAAAUCCAGUAAACAGCCUUCGGAUACACUCGAGUUGAGUCUUCAGAAAAUAACAAAACUGCUACAUUUGGAGGAAAAAUGAAGCCCCUUUCCAAACGUCAGACCUCCAUCCCAACUGUGACCUAGAGAGGUGGGUUUUGCCGCAGGAGGAGCUGCUGCACAUCACAAAGUAGAUGAUAUCGCACUGAAAGACCGUCAUGCAGCAGUACUGAAGCGACAUCUAAACAACAUCUGCUCCUUUUCGUUCAUGUUGAUUUUACUUGUUUUAUGAACUAUUCAUAUUUAUUAUUGCAUGAAAAGAAAAAAAAAAGAAAGACAUCAGCAUGGAAGUUAAAGCUCAGGCUCAAACGGGUCUUCUAAACGAAUAAUGACCCUAAGCACCAGGAUUGUUCCAAAGACAGUGUUCUGGAGUGACCACCAUCACCAAGUCCUGAUGUGAGCCUCACAGCUCUGUGUGGACGGAGCUGGAAAGACGUGUGAAGGUGAAGUGAGUUACAAAUCUGAUUCACUUCCUCUGGUUCUGUUUGGACUGACGGCCAGAAUCCCAGCAAAAUGUUGCGAGACGCUUGUGAAAGGAAACCACUGAUCUCUCAGGUCUCACAUGCCUGGACAUAGUUGUUUAUUAGACAACUAUGGCAAAUACUAAACGAAUGUAUAUAAACUAAAAAAGUUAAAAAAUAAAAAAUAAAU